AUGAAUCUAAACACUAACUGAGAUGUAUGGAGACAAGGAUCCUUGCCGAUUUGGAACUACACAAGUAUUAUUCUACAACUGAAUAAGACUUAUUGUACCUGUACAAAGCUUGGAGAAGAUAUAAAACACCUUGGCAACAUUUGCACAAACUUUGAUCACCUUCUUCACCCACUCCCAGAUUUUAUGCCACUUAGCCUUAGAAAUAACAAUAAGAAGCUGUAUGAAGCAGGGUCACUCUUUAAUACUGAACUACAGAAACAAUCGAAAGAGGAGUUAUAUGAGAAGAAGCUACUUGAGUACAAACAACCUCAGACUUAUUCUUCCAAACCCCAAGCUCAAGAAGAAGAAAGAAAAGGCGCUCUCAUUGACGAGAAAGUAGUAACUCCCAGGAGAAGAAGGUCCUCUAGAUUCAACAUAAGGACUAGGCUAAUGAGGAUUCGAAAGAGUAUCCUCACUAACCUUCUAUCUUCGUUCAAGAGUUCUCCUAAAAGUACAAGAGGAAGCCCUGGAUCACGCAAUGGAAGAGGAUCAAUUUACAUUGGAGUAUCUAAAAAUAACCUUAACUGGCAAACCCUCAUCAAUGUGAGAGGCUCCAAGAAGUAUAUCGGAACCUUUGCGAAUGAAGUAGAAGCAGCUAAGACAUAUGACAUCUACGCAGUUGCAAUGAAAGGAGACAAGGCUAGUCUGAACUUUAGUUACUCAACUCAAGAGAUGUUAUCAGCAAUUGAUCACUUCAUUGAGCACAGAAGUGUCAAUAUGGAUAGCUAAGUGCUGAUGCUCAUAAUAGUUUGUGAACCCUAGCUUUAGCAAAAAAUGCAGCCUCUUA